AUGUCCCAACAUCAACUUCUCAGAUCAACUUCAGAAAAGAGUAAUUUGGCUGCCGCCGGAGAACCAUCUAUGGCAGGUCUGAAAUUAUCGGAAGAGUUAUGUACACCGAGACGAGCGCUAGGUGAUAUGAAGAAUGCUUUUACGACUCCAAUGAAGAGUGCAACAAAACAAUCUUCUGCUUCAUCAUUCUCGAAAAGCUGUCAUAUAGUUCCUGAAAUGAAACGUCCGUUGGAACUGUUCGAUGUCUAUUGUGAACGAGAGGAACAUUAUACAUUUGACGACUUAUUGCACGAUUCGGAAAACACUGUUGAUGUCAGUGAAGUGUUGCGUAGUGUCACUGGAGAUCCUGAAUUUCGUUACGCUCUCAUGUCUGGUUUAUUCACAAAGGAUGAAUUGGAUUGGCUGAUCAGUGAUAAAUCGCCAUUCAAAGAUGAUUUUGAACUAACUUUGGAGGACGUUAUUGGUUAG